AUGGUGUGCUCAGUGGAUGAAAGGAGACAAUCGAAAGGUGUCAUUCGCCGUCGCACAAUUCAAAGCGACUUUCGAGCUCCUAUUGGAAAAAAAUUUGUUCACAAAACAGUAGAAAAGUCAGGUAAAGCGGUAGCAAAAUAUUCCGAACCACAGAAAAAAAAGACAAUAUACGAGCUAUGGGCUGACCAGGUGAUUGAUAUGGGUGUUAGGAACAUAAGACGAGAAUUCGUCACUACUAUAAGAACAUAUAAUCCGUCUGGUACGACAAAUGCAUGGGAAGCUGACAAAAAUUAUGACAAAAACCGGUUCGAAGAUAUCAAACUGCUGGACAAAACAAGAGUAGUACUCAAGAAUACGCCCAAUAAUGAUGACUACUACCAUGCUUCAUACGUACAAAUUGGCGAAAAUAUUAAUUUCAUUUGCGCACAAGGACCGCUGCCAAAUACUAUUGAAGAUUUUUGGUGUAUGGUUAUACAAGAAGAUUCAAAGGUUAUAAUACAAUUAUGUCAAUGGACUGAGGAGGGCAAAACUCAAUGUGCGGAAUAUUUCCCGAGUAGUGAUUGGGAGUGGAAAGAUUACGGAUCCGUUCGUGUUAAAAUUAUCGAAAAAACUUCACCUAUGACACAACUUCGAAAAGUCUAUCGAACAAAAAUACAAGCUAUUUACAAGGAUAAAAAACACGAAGUGCUACAUUUAUUGUAUGGUGGUUGGCCCGAUCAUUUUGUAGCUGAGUCAACACCGAUAUGUCGUGAAAUACGAAUGCUUGCUCUCAAAUUUUCCGAAAAAAAGCCUAUAAUUGUACAUUGCAGUGCCGGAAUUGGAAGAACGGGCACAUUUGCAGCCAUAUUUAUGGCAGUUGAUCGUCUUAAACAUAAUGAAAAUCUUUCAAUUCCUGAUAUUGUUAAAGAAUUACGUGAUCAGCGAAUGCAUGCGGUGCAGAAUGAUCAGCAGUAUUUAUUUAUCUAUCGGAUGGUCAUCGAGAUUCUGCUGGCAGAGGAUCUGUUAAUUAAAAGUCCAGAGAUAAUAUCGUUGAUCAAGGAAUAUGACGAUCUUAUUGCGCGGAAACGUCAAGAAAGAAACCAAAAAAGUAAAAAGUGA